GAAUCGUGAUAGAUCCACAAAGUCCUGGAAGCGGGUCAAAAGUUCAUGUUCAGUGUUUGACUACUAAUGAGCCAAUCCAGAUAAAGGACCCUUUCAGUCGGUCGUACUUUGACGACGAGAAGCUGAUUUCAAUGGAGUGGUACCAGUAUAAAGACAACGGAACACAGGAAACCAUGCUGCUGGAGUUUUUGAGAAAUAAACCAGCGGAACAGAAAGCUCGGCCCAAAUUUACAGUGUUUGAGUUCUGGGGGUUACAGAUAAACAAUGUUGAGGUUACCGACUCGGCUGAGUACAGCGCUAAGUUUAUCCACCUGUCACAAGAUGACGUGCGGCGUGUCAAUGUCGUUGUCGCUCGUCCCCCUGCCCUGGCUUCAGAAAGGCUGUCCUUGACUCGAAAAGUGAACCAGAAUGACAAAUCUGUGACACUAUCGUGCGGCCAGCUUAGCGACCUCGGCUCGCCACCCAUCAACAUUUUAUUGAAGGCAGAGAAUGGGACAGUUUUACCUACAGUCUAUAGUAAUGGAGCUGUGGAAAUAGUUGUUUCAUCAAAUGAAGCGGAUACUUCCAAGUUCACGUGUGAAAUUGACUUGUCUGCGCCAGCUGCCAUUUGUAUCAGCAGCAAAGACCUGCCACGUUGGCAGGGGGUUAUCACUGAGCCAGUUAAAUUGCAGCAGUCUG